AUAAAGCUCUUCGCAUCUAGUCUUGUUUCAGCUCAUCUCCUUGUCGGAGCGGUCUCGGCUCAGGCUUCGACCAGUGAGACUUCUUGUGGAACGCAUAUCCUCGGUGCGCUAGCACCUACAGACCGCUCUAGCUCUGGCUCCCACGCGCCGUCUCUGAUCGACCCGGGAACCCGAUUAUGAAUCGAGCCGUCCUUCCCAAUCAUGGUUUCCCAGGCCUUCACCGGAACUGGAAUCCUCCCAUCGACAGCGCGAAGAAUCCUACAUUGGCACUGGUCGGCUCAUGGGCCGCAAGGCACUGAUCACGGGACGAGACUCUGGCAUCUGCCGAGCAGUCGCCAUCGCCUACGCUCGCGAAGGCGCCGAUGUUAGCAUCAAACUACCUGCCGAAGGGUAGCCCGACGCCGAUGAGGUGCAAGCCUUGUUUGAGGCUGAGUGAGUUCGCUGCUCGCCAUGCCAGGCAAUCUUCGCAAUGAAACCUAUUGCACAAGCCUCGUUCACCGUGCUCUCGAAGCCAUGGGCGGACUCGACAUGCUGGUCAGCAACGCUGGAUAUUUUGUGCACCAUUUCGACAUCUCAACUCUCACAACGGAGCAGAUUCUGCACACGUUGGAAGUCAACGUCUUUGCAUCCUUCUACCUGGUUCGGGCCGUGGCGCCCCUUCUGCCACCCGGCUCAUCCAUCAUCUUCGCGUCCUCGUGCAUGGCAAGUCGGCCUCACGCCGAGGCCGGAAGUUUAUCGCUCUUUUGGAUUAUGACCCCAUUUGUUCGCGAAUUGGAAACUCGAACAGGAAGUCAGGUAGCCAACUUCGGGAAUGAAUAACAUAGCCAGGGAAGCAAUUGGAAAGAAGCAGCGCUUCAGUCAUUUAUUUACCCUCCCUAUUAUUAGUACUCUGAAAUAGAAACAUUAAACUCGGGGCACCAAAUGUAG